AUGGUUCAAUUAGGUCGUUAUGUGGUUGAGGACAGAGAUUCGUGGUAUGGACCUGAAUACACCUGCACCAUCUGCCAAAACCAGUUUGACGACUUGUCCGACGUGGAAGAGCACUGUCGAUGGGACCACUUCUGGUGUGUGCGAUGUGAACGCGUCUUCGUGUCAGAGGACUCCAAACGCGAUCAUCUGCGGAACUCGCAUCGGCAUCAUAUCUGCAAUCUUUGCGAAUUCGAAGUGGACUUUCCGUCUCAGCGCGACCUGGAAGACCACCUGGACGAACAGCACUGCUUGUGCGAACCAUGCAAAAGAUACUUCCCCUCGGCCUACGAACUGGGCCAGCAUGAUAUACAAUGCCACAACUGGUGCAAUAUCUGCGAUCGGUACUUCCGCAAUGAGAACAACUACCGCAUGCACCAACGCACGCACGACGCGCGCGACGAGGAAUGCUUCGGCUGCUACCGAGCAUUCGGGUCGUUCUCUGCCAUGCUGAUCCAUCUCGAAGCGGGGAAUUGCUCAAAGGGCGUGUCGCUCAGCGAUAUUCACGAGAUGGCGUUUGAGUGCUACCAAGCCCGCAAGUACACUCGGGACCAAAAUGAUUAUUUUCCAUACUUUUGCCCUGAUCCUGGGUGUGGGCGCGAGUUCCGGUUCCCCUCAGCUCUCUAUCAGCACGUGGAGACUAGUCCGAGCUGCGAUCAUCUGUUGCAAAUGCCGAAAUGUUUGGCCAAAUUGAGACGCUUCAUCUCGCAGCGGGUGUAG